AUGCUAUCUGAUCUGAUGGAGACUGUUGAUCAGGCAUCCUGCGCAAUUGGGCAGGGCUACUACUUGAUCCAACUUUCAAACUGCAAUAGGGGCAGCCUCUGGUGUCCCGGUGGUCCGAAGCAUCCUGGGCCCUCCUAUGAGCUUUAUGGCACCUAUAAUCAUUUCAAAGUUAAAAUGGCUUCUUGUCUAAGAUCAAAGCAUAUCAUUUUGUCCCAAAUAUUGAAGACAGUCUGUUCAAAUUCUUCUUCAACGUACCAUGUAGCUGCAGGAAUGGUUCAGUUCAGGCCAAAGGCGAUUGUACCUUGGUCAAAAAGUCCAUGCACCUUGCAUCAAGUGGUUUUACCAUCACCAACUUCAGUGUCUUGGUGCAUAGCUAGAUCCUAUGCUAAAAAAGGCAAAGAUAAAGGUGGUAAAGCUCAUAAAAAGAUGACAUUAACUGAUGAUCAGUUAAGUGGACUUGUUGAUAUUGAAAAAGUGAGAGAAGAAUUUACUCAUGUUUUGAAGGACCUGAAAGAGAAGUUUGUCCAUCAGCUGACAGUAAGAACCUCACAAGGGGUGUUUGAUAACCUUAUUGUGAAGACAGCUGAGGGUAAUUUCCCGCUAAUUCAGCUUGGUCAAGUUAUUGUGAAAAACCCGCAGCUAAUAGCCAUUGAUUUAUCAUCAAGUCCUCAAUACAUUACAAAUGUCAAAGAAACCCUGUUGAGUUCAGGUCUCAAUGUUAAUCCUCAACAAGAUGGGACAAGCCUGUUCAUAGCAGUGCCAAAAGUCACGCGAGAACACAGGGAGACCCUGGCAAAAAAUGCCAAACAGCUGAGUGAGAAGUCAAAGAAACAUCUGCGGGAUGUCUACUCAAAGUAUUCAAAGAAAAUUAAAACAUCCCAGACGGGACACUCUGCAGAUGAUCUCCUGGCAGCAGAGGAAAUGAUAAAAGAUUUAAUGCACGAGGUACAAACACAAAUAGAAGAAAUGACAACUUCAAAGCAAGAAGAACUUAUGGGAGGGAGAUAACUCAUGCCAAAAAAAAUUGUACAUACAUCCAAUUAUUAUGGAAUUUAGUUUAGAAUAGCUUAAUUGAUUUAAUUAUCUCACUGUGGUCAAUCUUAUUAUUCAAUGCUAAUGAGAUUUGAACCAUAGAAAUUGUUAACCAGAUUUAAUUGACUGUAAUUUCAACUUUGAAAUUGUUAAACAUUCACUUAAUUGUUUAAUUCUGUUAUUGUAUAAACUCUUCCUUCCUUAAUAAACACAAUACUCUCACAG